AUGAAUGGCGGUAGAUUCGAUUUCGACGACGGCGGGACGUAUGUUGGCGGAUGGGAGGAGGGAAAAGCGCACGGACACGGUGUGUGCACUGGACCGCAAGCCAAAGGCGAAUACGCCGGAGCGUGGCAUUAUGGAUUUGAGGUGAGAGGGGAUAAUUCUUGUUUCCUUGUUCAACGAACACAGCGCGACAACUGUCAUCAUUUGUUGUUUUUUGCCCUCCUGGAGAGAAGGCAGUGUAAAAAUCAUUGAACUCUCUCUGUUUCUUCUCACCCACUUGAAGCCAUAAAUCAAGAAAUCAGAAUGAAAAUUUGAAAAUUUGAAUUCAAGUCGAAAAAAAAUAAUAAAAAACAUUUUUUCAACAAAAAAUUUCGUCAAAAACUAUAUUUUUUUCCUAUUUUUUGACAUUUUUCUUAAUUUUUGUGUCGAAAAAAAAGGCAAAAAUAGAAAAAAUAUAGUUUUUUGACAUUUGAUGAAUCGAAAUCCAAAAAUCCACAAAAACCUAAGAAAGAACGAAAAAAUAAGAGUGUGUGUGUCAACACCGACUGCCCGCAAACACCAAAUCCUACGCGCAAUCUUGUAAAAAUAAAAUAACGACACUCCGCUCAGACAGUGUGUGAAAAUUAAACAACAGGCAAGCCGAUUUUUGACAAAAAAUCUUUUUUUUAUUUUUUGUUCGACCUGAAUCACCCCAGAAGUGUUCAAAACGUGUUUUUGACCAGUAGUGCCCAAUAUUUUCCAAUAAUCAACUUAGCUUUAGUGUUGUCUUACAGGUUUCUGGUGUUUACACGUGGCCAUCUGGUAACACCUAUCAAGGACAAUGGCAGAAUGGAAAACGACAUGGAUUAGGAACAGAGCAGAGGGGAAGGUGGAUUUAUCGGUGAGUGCAAACACCACGACGCAACCGUGCACAGAAAUUCUCUUUCCGGGAAAAAACAUCGGUUUUUUUGCAGAGGUGAAUGGACGCAAGGCUACAAAGGCCGCUACGGUGUCCGUCAGUCGGCGAAUUCGCAAGCCAGGUAUCAGGGCACCUGGUCGGCCGGAUUUCACGACGGCUACGGAACCGAAAUCUAUGUGGACGGCGGAAAUUAUCAGGGACAAUGGUUGCGCGGAAUGCGACACGGCUACGGUAUCCGCAAAUCGACGACGUACGGAAAUGCGGCGAAAUUCCGGUCGAAAUCGCAGACGCAUGCGUCGCUGACGAGUUUACGCAGUGGGCGGAUGGAUGAGGAGAAUGGCGAUGAAACGCAGCAAAGUGAGUUGGGAUAUAUUUAUUUUCUGGAAGAGCUAAGCUAUUCUCUUUUCAAAUUUAAAUAUAAACAAUUUUCAAUUUCGAAAAAAAAACAUCUGCUGUCAAUUGUCCUGAAAAAUCCACCUGACUUCAGAAAAAAAAUUCACGAAAUAAAAAAAAACACAUUUUUUAACGUGAAAAAACCAAAAAAGUGAUUUACUAACGGUAUUUUUAUUCAUUUCUUACCAUUUUCUUAACACAUUGAAUAAAGUUAAGCUAAAACGCAUUUUAGUGUCCAGAAAUAUUCUAUUUCAAGACCUCAUGAUGAAUUUUGGCUGAAAAAUGCUGAAAUUCGUGAUUUUAAAUCUAAAAAACGCUGAAAAUUGUGAAUUUCAGGCUCUAACAGCUGAAAAUCUGAAUAUAAUUGACCAACAUUUUUCAGCCAAAAAUUGAAUUUUCUGGAGCUGAUUUUUCUGAUUUUUCCGCUUCUGGAACAACUUUCCGAGCUUCAGACGAAUUUGAAGCUAAAUUUUCAGGUUUUGGUCAAUCAUAUUCAGAUUUUCAGCUGUUAGAACCUGAAAUUCACGAUUUUCAGCUUGAAAAUCGAUAUUUUCAGCAUUUUUCAGCCAAAAUGCGUUUUAGCUUCACUUUAUUCAAUGUGUUGAGAAAAUUUAAAAAAAAAUGAAUAAAAAUACGGUUCCUGAAGGUUUUUAACGUUAAAAAACCUUUUUUUUUAUUUCGUGAAUCACUGCAUUACAAAAAAAAUGCAAAAUGUUUGCAGAAGAAGGUCUAACGGGUCGAGGAGGAUUUGUGCUGCGCGCCAAUUCAGCCGCCCCUCAACGUCGCCGUCGAUCUCUCUCCGAACGAUCUCUCGCCGUCAAGCGAACUCUCCUCUCCGGACUGCGCAUCAAAAAACAACACUCAACCGGUGAUAUUCAUCAACGAGUCGCCUCAAUGACCGGAAGUCUUCGAUCCAGCGGCUCGACGAUGAGCUGCACCAGCGAGGAUUCGUUACACGGUGGCGGCGGACAUCAUCAUCAUCAUCACCAUGGUUUGGGUGGACAGGAUGAGGAGCCGGUGGAGGAAAGUGUGACUGAGAUUUAUAUGGGAGAGUGGAAAAAUGAUUCGAGAAGCGGGUUUGGGAUUUGUGAACGGAGUGAUGGGUUGAAGUGAGUUUUUUUAAAAUUUAAUUGCAAAAACUGUGUGCGGCAGUUGCAUUUAAGCCACGCCCACUUACACAUACAUUUUUAACUCCACAAAAUAGCGUCAGCUAGUCCCUCGUAAAAAUUUCGAAAAUUAAUGAAUAUCGGUGUGCGCGCGCGGUCGCGAUGCGGUCGAACGAAAAUCAAUAUCGCCAAUUUUUUUCAUUUUUCCCUCGAAAAUUAAUUUUUCCCUCAGUUUUCAGUCUGAAAAACCUAAAAUAUUAAAUUUUGUUUGAAAAUGUGACCAUUUUCACCAUUUUUGCUGAAAAAAACUUAAAAAAUGAAUAAAUUCAAUUUAAUUACGCAAAAAAUGACCGUUUUUGGUGAAAAAACGACCGCAUCGCGCCCGCGCGCGCACACCGACAUUCAUUGAUUUUCGAAAUAUUUACGAGGGACUAGCUAUCGCUGUUUUCCUUCACGUAUUUUUUUGGCUUUCGGUUCGCGGUUGGUAUACUGUAUUGACUUUUGCAAACACGGUGACGCACAAAUGCACAAAAAUGUCUCGCGUCUCUCCAUUUUGCGCGCUGUGUUUCGAAAUUGGUCUCGCCACGAACCCCGCGAACCGAGAUUUUUUGUUCAGCAACAAAAUACGUGCCUCUCUUUUAAGUUUUUCAAAAAUCAAAUCCAAAUCUCUAAUUUCCAGAUAUCACGGUGAAUGGGCGAACAAUGCGAAAUGCGGAUUCGGCGUAACCAUUCUCAAAGAUGGAACUCGCGAAGAAGGUCGCUACAAAAACAACGUGCUCAUCAUGUCGGCUCGCCGAAAAGGCGUGCUCUUCAUGAGAGCCUCGAAAUUCCGCGAAAAGGUCGAGCAAGCUGUCGGAACCGCAUCGCGUGCCGCCUCAAUUGCCCAACAAAAAGCCGACAUUGCCGCGAGUCGCACAUCAACAGCUCGUGAACGCAGCGAACAAGCACAAUUUGUGGCUGCGCAAGCGAGAGAGGAUAGCGAGAUUGCGCGGAUACAUGCCAAACAAUUUGACCCGAGUUUUAAGCAGCCCGGAACUCGCCGGUUAUUAUUGAAGGAUAAUAAUGGAGGAGAGAGUUUUGGGACGGAUUUGAGUGAUGCGAUUAGUUAUUCAAGGCAUUUAUCGCAAACCCAUAGCAAACAACAUUCUUUCGAGCAAAAUUUGUCGGUUGAUAUGGGUGAUGAGAUGGCUUCCACUUCGAAACAACAAGCAAAUCAUGUUGGUGGAAAUCAUGUGAAGUGAGUUUUCGAAGAGGGUCAAAAGGCUCCACCGAAAUAAACACGCAACGCAGACCGCGUCGCGCUAUAACACACACAAAUGAGGGAACGAUUCAAAUUCCCUCCCUUUUUUGCGUGUGUUGUGGCGCGGCGCGGUCUGCGUUGCGUGUUUAUUUCAGUGGAGCGCGAAAAAAUUGAAAAAUAUUUAAAAAAAAAAAAUAUUAUACCGUAGUUCUUUUUCGCGACGAGACCCUGUGUGUUUCAGCUGUUGCGCCUUUCAAAAACUACGGUAUUUUUUGUUUUUUUUUCGAGGUUUUUGCAUGAAAAAAGGCGGAAAGCAAGAAAUACUGAAAAACAGUGUUUUAUUGAGGAAAAAUCGAUUUUUCGGGUGAAAAUUACGAAAAAUUAGUUGUAAUUCACUUUUCUCAAGUUGAAUUUCUCGUUUUGAUCAAAGGCGCAUGGAUUUUUGAAAGAUGUGGGUCUCGUCGCGACGAAAAAACUACGGUAUAUAAUUUUUUUUACGUUUAUAAUACCCAAUUCUAAUAAGCUAAUGGGCGGAGCAAAAUCCAAUCCUUGAUUAAUAUGAGCAAUUCAUCAUUCAGCUUUCAACCUCAUGUAUAUACGGAUCAGACACCAGUCGAAGGUCACGAUUUUCUACCACCGCAACCGCAUCUCAUCGCAAACAACGUUCAGGAAAUGCCAAGUAUUGCUGUACAACAUCAUGAAGAUGAGGAGAAGCCGCUGAUAAUUCCGCCGUCGACUUCGCAGCUGGGAGCAGCAGCGGCUGGAACAUCUGGCACGAAUCUGAAAACGCAGGCGCCGAAUACGAUGUCGUCGAGGUUUUCGUUGAGGUUAGUGUUUAUGAACCUGUAUUCCACGUGGCAAAAUUUCAAGGAUGUGUGUUUUUCGAAAUAAAAAAUAAAAUUCAGGAAACUUGAAAACUGCCACGUGUCAAUCUCAAAAAUAUUAUGUUUAUUACUUUUUUGGAUAAUUUUUGAACCUCAGAAAAUUUUUUUUUUAAUUUCAGAAAAUUUGAAAUGCCACGUGGCAAUUUUUUUUUUGAUUUAGCAAAGAAAUUUUUUUAAACGUUUUCUAGUCUCGAGUUUUAAUUAUUGAAAUUUUUUCUUUAAAAUCCACGUGGAAACAUUUUUGAACUGACAAAUUUCUAACUGCCACGUGGAUUUUUCUUUAGGGCUGAACGAAAAAAAAUGUUUGAAAAUGUUUUUUAACAUCGAAAGAUCAAUUCACGAAAAGUCGAAAAACGUCGAAAAACCAUUAGUUUUUCGAGUUUUUCAGCCAAAAAUGAUGACAAAUCAAUAUUUUUCAAGCUUCUGGAGUAAUUUCUGAUUAGAAUAAGCUUCGAGAACCCUAUUUUGCUUUAUUUUAUUGAUUUUUUUCGAAAUGUAAAAUUUUUUUAUUUACGAAAAAUCAGCAAAACCUUCUUAAGGUCAAUUUUCAACAAAAAUUACUCCAGAAGCUUGAAAAAUAUUGAUUUGUCAUCAUUUUUAGCUGAAAAACUCGAAAAACUAAUGUUUUUUCGACAUUUUUUGACUUUUCGCAAAAAAACUAAUUUCCACGUGGAAAUAUUGCUGUUUUGCAAAUCCUAUUUCAUUUUUCAUCAUCAUUUCAAAAAACCAAUUCAUUUUUUUUCCUGCAGCGACGAUCACUACGAUCAAUAUGUGAUGGCUGGCAGUAAAGUGGCAAGUGCCAGUGGUUCAUCAUCUCCUCCAGGCGCAAUCGACCAACAACAACAGCAAAAAUUACGACGCAACAGGCCGUCGCUGAUGAGACAGGCGGAUGUCAACGAGACGAACAGCGUAUGUUUUUUUCUUGCAGGAUUUUUUUCAUCUCAUUUUUGCAGGCAGCAUCUGGUAUUAAUCGACGUUCGACGCUGGCUUCUGCGAGGGAUCGAAAUGGCGACGCCAGGAUGAAUCCGUCGAUUGCCGCGCUGCAGCAGCAACAACAGAAUCAGCAAGGCGAUGAGAAUAUGGGAAGCUUGCCGAAUUUGGCGGAACUUGAAACGCAGGGGGUUAGUGUGGGGCAGAAUUUUCAUCAAUUCUAACCAUUUCUGACGUCUAAAUCACAAAAAAUAACCCUAGAACCCAAGAAAAAACGAAAAACGAGGAUUUUUGCAAAAAUUUUCGAAACUUGUCCGCGAGAACUACACAACGCGUCAUUGCGGAGUGUCGUUGUUUUUUUUUGAAUUUUAUUUUUUGACGUGGAGGAUUUCUUGGUUCUAGGGUUAUUUUUCGUGCUGGGAACGAUGAAAUCAUUGAAAAAAAUUGGUAGUGUAAUUCCACGUGGAUUUUUGGCGCCAGAAAUUUUUUUUGAAAAAAUUUCCGAGUGAAAAAAAUUUUAUUUCGAGAAAUUUUAUGAAUGAGCCAAUUUUCAAUUGGGGCUGAAUUUUAAGAAUUUCAGGAAAUCUGAAAAUUUCGAUUUUUUCGUACCAAAACUCUAGAAAUUGCAGAAUUUCUCUAUUUUCAAAUCUGAAUUUUGAAAACAAAUUUUUCCACGUGGAUUUUUGGGCCUCAAAAACACUGAAAAUUAAAAACCACGUGGAUUUUUCAUCUCCAAAACCCAAUUUCAAAACCGAAAAAAAAUAACAUUUUUAAACUUGUCCGCGAGAACUACACAACGCGUCAUUGCGGAGUAUCGUUGUUUUAAAAAAAAAAAGGGUUUUAACGGGGAAAACUUGGUUCUAGGGUUAUUUUUCGUGCUGGGAACGAUGAAAUUACCGAAUUUUCAAAUUUUGCAGGUUCGACUACGUCGUGAAGAAGCGGCGCGUCUCGCCGGGCAGCGUCGUCAAGAAGUUCUUCGCGAGCAAGAAGAACAAGCGCUGCUCCGCGCCAAUCCGCUACGUCAUUUCCUGCAACCGGCGUUCAGAGUGAGUUUUUGAAUGGAAUUUUUGACUAGAGUGUAGUUUAUGUGUGAUUUUUAGUGAAAAAUCCGAAUUUUUAACCUCAAAAAUUCAAAUUUUUUCGCAUUUCAGGGCUGGCUGAUUCGAUGGCGAGUUCCAAUUCUGUUAGCAAUUGCCAACAUCUCUCUACUAUGUCUUUUCUACAAUCUUCUCACUUAUGAAAAAAAGAAGAAAUCUUCUAAUUAG